CUGUCUUUUUCUACUAUUAUAUAUGAUCUAAUUAAAAGCAUGUGAACAGUAAUUGGGUUGAAAUUAGAGCAGAUUUUCAUUGUUUCGUUUGUUAAUUCACACUGGCCUGGAGAUCAUGAUGAUCAUCAUGAGGACUAUUAUAUAUGUGUGUGUGUGUGUGAUCAGUGUUAGCAUGAAUUCUGGGGAAGAUGCUUAAUUAGCUAAGCCAAGUCAUGUCCGAUAUGGCUGCCCCCAGCAAUAUACGAACAUUAAUCCCAUCAUCUUCUUCCUCUUGUUCCAAACACCAAUGGAAAUAUGAAGUUUUCCUCAGUUUCAGAGGUGAAACCCGUGAGACAUUUACCAGCCAUCUAUACAAUGAGUUGCGUGAGAAAUUGUUCCACACCUUUAUGGAUGAUGAAAGACUGGAGAUCGGAAGACCCAUUAAGAAGGAACUCUUGGAUGCAAUAGAGAUGUCAAGAAUGGCGAUCAUCAUUAUUUCAAAAGAGUAUGCAUCAUCCACGUGGUGCUUGGAAGAACUUGCAAAGAUUGUUGAAUGCAUGAAAGAGAGAGAGUUGAAAGUUUUGCCCAUUUUCUAUCAUGUAAAUCCUAGUGAUGCACGGAAACAGGAGGAGGGCACCUUUAGAGAUGCCUUUGCUAAACACGAGAAAAAUCUUGAGAACAAAGAAAGGGUGCAAACUUGGAGAAAUGCUUUGAAAGAAGUGGCCAAUCUCAAGGGACACCAUUUACAGAAUGGCGAUGAGUCGAAGUUUAUCAAAAGCAUUGUUAAAAAGAUAUCUAUAGAAUUGAGCAACACCCACCUAGGUGGUGAUGAGAACAACCAGCUUGUUGGGAUAGACUCUCGUGUUAAGGAAAUAUAUUCGCAUUAUUUAGAUAUUGGAUCGAAUGAUGUUCGCUUCAUAGGGAUAUGCGGGAUGAGUGGAAUGGGCAAGACAACUCUUGCACGAGUUGUUUUUCAAAAGUUCAAUCAUCUAUUCCGAGCUACAAGCUUUCUCGAAAAUGUUAGUUCGGUUUCUAAAAGAGAUGGCCUAGUUGCUUUACAAGAAAAUCUCCUUUCUGAUAUGAAGUUGAAGGAUGACCAAGAAAAAUGGGAUGUGUUGAAGGGAAUUGAUGUGAUAAGGAAUAGAUUACGUUACACAAAAGUUCUUAUUGUUCUUGAUGAUGUGGAUGAAAGAGAACAAUUAGAAAAAUUAGCUGGGAACUGCAAUUGGUUUGGACCAGGGAGUAGAAUCAUUGUGACCACUAAAGAUAGACAUUUGUUAAUCAGACAUAGAGUGGAAAGAAUAUACCCGACUAAAGGACUACUAAAAAAUGAGGCUUUUCAGCUUUUUAGUCAAAAAGCCUUUCGUAACCCUGAUCAAUGUCAAGAUCAAGAGUUUUUGGCUCUAUGCAAUGACUAUGUGAGUUAUGCCGAUGGUCAUCCUUUAACUCUUGAAGUUUUGGGUUCCUCGCUGUUGGAAAAAGGAAAAGAUAUAUGGAAAAGUUCGCUGGAUAGAUUACAAGUACUUCCUCGUAAAGAUAUUGUAGAGAAACUCAAAAUAGGUUUUGACGUAUUGGAGGAGACAGAGAAAAAAAUGUUCUUAGAUAUUGCCUGUUUCUUCAACGGGGAAGACAAAGAUCGAGUAGUAGAUUUAUUGGAAGGUACUUUUGAUUGCUUUCCAGACGUUGAUAUAGACACUCUUGUGGACAAAUCUCUUAUCACUAUUUUGGGGAGAAAGUUGUGGAUGCAUAGUUUACUACAAAGACUAGGUUGGGAAAUUGUUCGAUGUGAAUACCCUAAACAACCUGGAGAACGCAGCAGAUUAUGGCGUCGCGAUGAGAUCCUUGAAGUUCUACGGGAAAGUUCUGGAACAUAUAAAGUCCAGGGCAUAAUGUCAAGUUCCUCCUCUCCACACCAAAAAGAAGUCUUGAAUUCUGAAGCCUUUUCAAAUAUGAAAAAACUUAGAUUAAUUAAAAUAUGUGAUGUGAAUCUUCCAUGGGGCCUCAAUUCUCUCUCUAACGGGUUACGACUAAUCGAUUGGCACGAAUGUCCUUUGGAGUCCAUGCCAAAGAGUUUCCAACCAAGCAAUCUUGUUGAGCUCAUUAUGCAUCGUAGCAGCUUUUCACAAUUACCAAUGGCUUUUCUAAAUUUAAACAAGUUGAAAGUCAUGGACUUCAGUGGCUCUGAAAACUUGUUGAUGACUCCUGACUUCUCUGGAUGCCCAAGUCUCCAAAGGUUAAUUUUUGAAGGUUGCACAAGUUUGAACAAAGUUCACCCUACUAUUGCAGCUCUGAAUCAACUUAUUCUAUUAAAUCUCAAAGAUUGUAAAUGUCUAAGUAGCCUUCCACAUGAGAUCAACUUGGAAUCAUUGAAUCUUUUGAUCUUAUCGGGUUGUUCAACAUGCGAAAAGUUUCCAGAGAUUGGGCAAAAUAUGGAGCAUUUGUCAGAGCUUUAUUUGGAUGGGACUGCCAUUGAGGAACUCCCAUUAUCAAUUCAACAUCUAACAGGCUUGACAUUACUAAAUCUUGCAGGGUGCAAAAAGCUUUUGAUUUUUCCAAUUGCCAUUUGUUGUUUACCUGCUCUUAAAACUCUCAUUCUCUCUGGAUGUAAAGGUCAACCUCCUUCUCCUGUUUUACUUUCAAUUGCUGCACCCUUGUUAUCGUUGCCUAGCUUGUUUUCAGGGUUGACCCCUUUAGUAGCUCUUGAUCUAAGUGACUGCAAUCUUUUGGAUGGAGCACUCCCCGACGAUCUUAGUGGCUUAUCCUCAUUGGAGUCUCUGAAUUUGAGUGGAAACAAUUUUACGCACGUGCCAGAUAGCAUUUCCCAACUGCCAAAGCUUAAAUUUCUUUAUUUGGAUAAUUGUAGCAGGCUUCAGUUAUUGCCAAAUCUUCCCUCAAGUGCACAAUUUGUAAUGGCUCGAGAAUGCACUUCACUCCAAAAUUAUUCCAAUCAAGUUGUAGUUUCAAGUUCAAGUGGAGGAGAAUUCACUGUUAUUAACUGCCUUAGCUUGGCUGCUCGUGAAGAAGACAUUCUAAUCAGUGAGGUUUCUUUGCUAGAUAUACACUUUCAGCCACUAUGGAUGGAGGAGCAAAUUCAUCAAAGUGAAGAAUAUCAUGGCAUUCCUCACAGUAGCAUUCCAAAGUGGUUUAACAAUAAACAUGGGUCAUCCAUAUCGAUCCCGUUACCAUACAAUCUCUCUAAAGAUAGUAGUUGGAGAGGAAUUGUGUUGCAUACAGUCCUAAGUACUAGAGUUCAUGGAGUCAAAACUUUGGCUGAUGCCUCGAAUAAUGUUCACGAGUUGAUGAAAUGCAGCUUGGACAUGGAUGGAGAUCUUGGAACUUGUUCCAUAGUCCUCCCUAAAUACCAAUGCAGCCACCAUGGUUCAUUUGAACUCUGCCUAUAUAUAUCGCAUGCGAGGCUUGGGAACUGCCUUGACCUACGCAACUGCAUCACUGCUUGGUUUACAUCGAACAGACCCAGUAUUGUGAUAAGAGGUUGUGGUGCUCGUAUCCUCUAUGAACAAGAUAUGAUGGAGUUCGUACAAAUUUUAAGCCAGAAAAAUUUGGGAUGGAUUCCACCAAUAAUUGUACAAUUCGCAGGCAGAUUUGGCCCUCAUUAUCAAUUCUACGCAACUGGCCCACUGGACUUUAAUCCCUCCACUAGGUAUAGUUUUUGUUUCCCUCUGAGUAAAGUUCAAGACUGGUUUACUCAUCAAAGUUGUGGGCACUCGGUGGCAGUUGACAUACCCCAAACAUUGUAUAGUGAUGAUAAUUGGGUGGGACUUGUUCUAUAUGCUUCUUUUUCAAUCUGCAGGGAUCCAGAAACCCUCCCCGACAAUUGUCAUUUUCGGAUGGGUACAUUAGAUGGCCGGGAUGAUGAAUUCCUUUCUGUCAACACCAGUAGACAUGAAAUCAAGCGGUUUAUUACUCGAGGUGGCUUCUGUUGGAUAGCCUACAUACCAGGUAAUCAAUUGAUGUGUAUGUUAAAUAUCAGGGGAGGUGGAAAAAGCUAUUUGCCAAUGUCGACCCAGUACAGCCACAUUGCAGCUUCAUUUGCGAGUGAAAGUCCAAUCAUUACAAUCAAGAAAUGUGGACUUCGUCUUUUGUACAAUCAUGAUCAAGUGCAAUUUGAGGAAGAACUAAAACACUGCAAUGACUUGUUUUUUGAGUACAGAGAUUCCACAAGUCCUUUUAUGGCCGAUUUGGAGAAAACAAAUGAAACAACAGUAACUGAUGCCUCUCCCUUGGAAAUUGAAAUAUCGAUAAGGCCGAUUCUUCAUCAUGUGAAAACUAACGGAACUAGGGGUGAAAGUAACCUUAAGGCGGAUUGUGUAAAUGAUUGGUGUUAUGCUCCAAGUAAAAUUCUGGAGUGGUUCACCCAUCGGAGUGCCGACUCCCUUGUGACAAUCCCUUUACCUCCAAAAGAUCGUACUUCUUGGAUUAGACUUGCUUUUUGUGCUUCUCUUUCAGUGCCAGCGCGUUCGAGUAACGUUGUUGACGAUCUGGAUUCCCGACUUCCUUCCAACCUCAUUUGUCAUCUGGAAACCGAUACUGACAGUGUGGAAUGUUUCCAUACCUACUGCCUCACCGAAGAUGAUCUCAAGAUGUUGUUAAAGCUAGGUGGAUUCAUCUGGUUGUCUUAUAUACCACGUGGGUUGUUUCCCGAUUUUCUGGAUGAAUGCAUUUGGAUUGAUGCUUCUAUCUCAACCGAUUGCCCAGGCAGCUUGAUGGUGCAGAAGUGUGGGUUUCGUCUUUUGUACAAUGAAGACGAGUUACAUGAUCAGUUUGAGGAAACACGAAAACAUUGUUGGGCUGCAUACCAUAACGGGGAUGUUCUCCAGAAAUUAUAUGAUGACCCAAAUAACUCUGAGGAAGACGCUGAUCCGUUGCAGCCUUAAAGACUGUUGGAAGUUAAUUUUUAAUUCUUGUAUGAAGAUUUUUGGAUAAAAGAACUUCUAGUAUUCUAAGACAUGACUUUUGAUACUUAAGGUUGAUUUAAAUCUAGAA